AGGGAUAAGUCUUCGAUAGCAUCAGGCCUUCAAAGACGUGAGCGCUGCAUCCCGUGCGAGAGCGCGACUCGGACUUCUGACCAGGCGUGUUGUCCGACCCGUCGAACCAAGAUCACAGGCAGCACUCCCUCGUUGGCGUCCUCGCACCAGUGCUCUCACGUGGGCUCAAGAAGCAGUGACACUGCGGACUGCAUGAAGUAGUCAUUCAUGCAAUCCGCCGCAUCGAUAUCUCUCGUCGCCUGCAGUGUUCGAGGCCGUUGUACGGGUACGAGAAGAGCCUUCCGCUGUCUCUCCGCCCCGUGCCACUGGACAGAAGGCGCUGCAACGUCGCAUCCUCCCAGAACGCGUGUUCCGCCCGCAUACAUGGAUGUAUGCGGCGUUCGCUGCCUGCUACAGAGCCCUGCGGCCCGUGCUUUCAUCCCACAUGUCUGAACUUGGUGCCGUCUGUAUGCUCACAGGCACAUUCGCAGCCUCGACGGGUAGGAAGGGAUCAUCUCUGCGUAUGGCCGGGCCGCCGUCAGGUCCUCUGCUCUCUGAACGGCGAGGGGGUGGCACGUGGGUGCCGGUGAGCACCGAGUCCUCUGCGCAACGGACCGCCUGUCCACGUCACGCGUCGUUCUCACCUCGCCAGCAGGCGGACGUGCGCACGGUGAGUCGAACGCGCCAUGGUCACGUCGAGCAUCCUCGGGCUGACAUACCACGCAGGACCACGCACAGCGUGGAUUGCAUCCAGCUCGAAACAGACGAGCGAGGACUCCGAGGCGCCGGCUGCGCUAGCGCCAGCACCUCUUCAUGCGGCAUCUCGAAUCGUCCACUGUACGUCCGUAGUAGUCGUCUUGGCUGUCUCGUAGGCUGCCGUACGAGGGGCGCGCAGCUAGCCAACCUGAUGCGACAAGACCAGAGGGCCUUAUGCAUCAUCUUGUUCUUCAUGACUCGCAAGUACGAAUGGCCGUCGGCCGCUCGUUCUGCGGGCCCAGUCGGCGACGGGAUGGUGGCGCGACGCAAACAACAGCAUAUAGGUGACGUGGACUAUGCACUCAAUGUAAUCUCGCUCGGCCCGACGUACCUGCGAGCGUCCGUCGAUCCCGACGAUUCAGCCAGUGGGCCGAGGACCACGAUCCGUCGAUGACAUCGACACUUGUCGGACAACGGGAUGCUUCGCUCAGCCUGGCACGGUUCACGAAUCACGAUGCUGUUCUGUCCGCGUCGGGCUGCACGCGCAGAUCUCAGAGGUUGUGGAGGGGCCAAUCUAUUCACGUCUCCGUAGCCGGUGAG